CGGUACUAAGCGUAAGAAUUGUAUAGACGCCAAGUAGACUACAUCAUCCCUGUUACUACUUCGGAAAAACAAAACCAAAUCGGACUCACUUCGCCAUGGUUCGCACGGGUCACUUUUUCUCGGACUCUCUGUCCAAAGAGAAAGCUACGCGUGGGCCGUGCUUCAGCUACCGGCAGGUGUCCAUGUGUCACCCCUUGAAAGCGUCGAAGGGCGAGACCGCCGGCUUCGGCAACUACGCGGGCGCGACGUUCCACGCCGUGGAGCUGCCGUCGCAGCUCGCCUUCGAGUACGCAUUGCAAAUAUGUCUGGGUCUGCUGGAAGACUGCAACGAGAGCGAACUCGUCAUGCUGUCUCUGGAUUCUAAAAAAAUCUGUAUUGCAUUACCAGCAGAAGGAGUCCAGUUCGUGCUACGCGGGGAGUGCAUUUGCCAUGCGGAUUACGCAUCAGAAAGCCCUCUCAAGAUCUGUGAUGCUAGGCGAUGCAUUACAGGCAUCGUGGUUCAUGCAAAAUAUGCAUGACAAACCUAGCAAUCUUCCAGACCCAGACAUAUUUGCAUUUGAUAUCGAGAUCCACCCGACGGAAAACGACACGUGGCUGCCCCAGGCCAAUCUGCCCCCGAAGAAGACCCGCAAGCGCGUAUCCCGUGGAAAAACAUCCCCACCCCAUAGUUGUCAUGCAAUUCUGCAUGCCAAGAAAGUUUCUCAUGCGGAGCUCUAUGAGAAGCAUUUUCUAUUUCUUUUCGUGUUUUGGAAUUUGUGAUGCUAGGAUAAGCAUGCUAUGCUAGUUCAGUGAUGCUUCUGCACUAGCUAAACAGGAUUACACUACGAGGACAAACUUGUCAUGCCAAACAACGAAAGCUAGUUGAUUUGUCUAGCAGAUUUCCCAGCUUGACUCUGGUGUGGGGACGUUUUUAAUCAGGAUAGCGCGUGUCGCGCUACAGCACGAAGGCGGUUCCCACCAAGCUGGACCCCAGUUCUAUCGCAAGAAAAAAGUGCUACAGUUACACAUUGUGAUGCAAGACCGGCAACAGAGACAACCUUUCUCAUGCAGGAAAUGCUCGGGAGCCUCGUUUCCUUCCUGUUUUCCCUAAUGACCUUUGCAUUACAAGUUUUGCCUGCCACACAGAGAAAAUUUGUGAUGCAGAAGCUCCAACGAAUGUGUAACUGUAACACUUUUUUCUCGCGAUAAGUUCGGUGGAACGCAUGCUGGCGUUCUGCGCCGGGAAGGUCGCGCGGGGCGAGGACAAGGAGGAAGUGUACCACGUGCACAUCACGAAGGAGAACGCGGUGGUGUGGGGCGCGGGCCCGACGCAGUCGCCGACGCUGGUGCAACUAAUCACGGGGCUGGUCGGGAAGCAGAAGCAGAAAUUGUUGAAGUUGCGCGACGUGAUUUCGAAUUCCAAGGUAUCCAAAAAAAAAAUGUUAACAGUAACACUUUCACUAGUUAAAAUCUCAAUGCAUUUUUUGACGAAAAAAAAUCACUUUUUGCAUUCGAAUUGUAUUCAAUAAUUUUUGCUACUAUGCAUAUCAACCCACGGACAACUAGCUAAAUGAUGUAGCUUAUGUUUUGAGCUAGCUAGGCUAGGGUCUCGGAGUCCGUCCUGCUUCGGUCCGAAAAGUGGUAUACUCGACCCGACCUUCACGAGACCAGAAUGUCCUAGUCGCUCCCUCGGCCCCAUCUGGGGCCGAGGGCACGCCCAGAGCCGGAUGUUCGCGGAGCUGCUCCUCCACAGCCCGGAUCUUCGCACCUUCACGUCCGCCGCGCCGGCAGACCUCAGCCUAGCUAGCUCUCAACAAUAGCAUAUCAAUCUAGCUAGUUGUCCGUGGGUUUUAUUUCGAGUAGCUACAUCAAUAGUGUAUUUUUUGGCAUGUAAAAUGAAAAAAAAGCAAACAAAAUCAUGACAAAAAUUUGAAUAGUGAAAAUGUUAAUGUUAACAUUUUUUUUUGGAUACAAGGCCCAGGACGAGGAACGGUCGCCGUUCUACACGCGGGACUCCAGUCUUUCGUUCAAAUUUCUGUCCCGCACGCUGCAGUUCCUGCGCGCCAUCCUGUUGAAGGACAUGGAGGAGCUCGGGAAGAUGCUGUCCAAGAUAUCGAAAGGAAAAAAUCCCCCUCCCCAUAUCAAAACAGAAAUCUGUGAUGCAGAUUUGUGGUCACAAAUCAGGUCGUUUGUGAUGCUAGAAGGCAAAAGAUGCGGACUGUAGUGCCACCUAGCGUGGGAAAGUAUUUUUGCAUCUCCAGCAUGACACGAGGCAACUGGAAGUGGGAAACAGCAUGACAAAUUGCCUGCAAUUCAGAUCACAGCCGCGUCUCUUAGCCUUCUAGCAAUGCAAGUCGAUUUGUGUACUCAAAUACAGCAUCACAAAUUUCGUUCCCGAUAUGGGGAGGGGUGAUUUUUCUUUUCGAUACAAGAAGCAGCUCGAGAUGGACCAGUGCGGCGAGUACUACGAGGGGUUCCAGAACUGCCUCGACUGGUUCAGAGCCCAUUUGGUGCAGUCGACGAAGGUAUCCUGUGCAAAAGUAUCGUACUCGUAUUGCAAUCAUGCAUUACAAAUUACCUUGUUAAGUCAAAUCCGCAUUACAAAUUUUAUUUCUCAUGCUGAUGAAAUAGAAAUUUGUCAUGCAUUUAUACGAGUACGAUACUUUUGCAAUUCAUAGAAGGGUCACUCCCUCUUCGACCUGCCGAACACCUACCGCUUCCCCGCCAUCCACUGCAUCGACGUGGCGCACCGCUGCGUCAACUACCGCUUUGAGUGCUUGAUCCCGAAUCAGGAGUGCGUCGGUGUCCAGGUCUUGCACUUCGACCGGAAACUGAUGGUCAGCAAGAUUUAUCAAAUGCAAAAAUGAUGUCUGGGUCUGGAAACUUGUGAUGCAUGUCAGUGAACAGAAAGCGCCUUGUAAUGCACCGCCAAGCAUGACAGAUUUUGAUUUUCUCGUGGCUCUCUGUUGCGUAUUCCGCAUGAGAAACAUCGUUUUUGCAUGACGGACAAGAGGAGGUCUUCGUGGCCACGCAAUACAGAGUUCAGAGUCAUGCCAAACUAGCAUGAGAAGUCUCGAAAUCUUCCAGACCCAGACAUUUUUGCAAUCCAUAAGAUUCAGACGAUCUACCACAAGCUCCCCCAGCAGAUCGUCCAGAUGCCGCUCACGACGCACAGCUCCGAAGACGGAUUCUACCCGCCUGGGGAACAAGAUCACCAGCGCCGCGCGCGCCGGGUCAGCACGUCCGCGAAAGAAGAGGCUCCUUUACCUGGGGCCGUUGCAGAAAGCGAGGCGCAGCCUGCAGAAGAAGAGCAAGCCGAUGAAAUCGACGAUGUGAACAAACUGGACGACACGGAGCGGCUAUCCAGGAAAAAACACCCAUCCAAAUCCAAUUUGUCAUGCAAAAUAUACAUAGAAUCCUGGGCUUGUCAUGCAAAAAAUGGAUGUGGAUGGGUUUUUUUCUGUGGAUAGCGGCCGAUCCUUCUCUACUUCGAGGAUGCCGACCUGCCUAUGGCGAAGACCACCGAGACCUUUCUCCAACUCGCGGACGCCAAGCAGAAACUCGGGCAGCUCGACGUGUACAAAAUGUCGGCGGGGACCAGACUCGAGCCGGAGGAGAUCGUCGCGCUGAAGACGAGACUGGAAAACUUCAGCGCCAGCAUCCUCUGCGUGAUGAACACGAGCAACAAGCUACCAAAUGCAAAAAUGUCUGGGUCUGGAAGAUUUUUAGAUUUGUCAUGCACGUUUUGCAUGAGCCAUGACGUCUGUGAUGCAUCCCGUAGCAUCACAGACUUUUCGAGGGGUUCUUGAUGCCGAAUUCGCAUGACAAAUGCCCUAUCCGCGUAGCAAAAAUCGCAUUCCCUUUGCUACUCAUGCAAUACAAAUUUAUUUUUUUGGCAUCCAAAUUCAGCAUCACAAGGUGCAUUCUUUCAGACCCAGACACUUUUGCAUUUGAUACAAGCCCCUCGUGAGCCAUUUCGAGGAGGACAUCGUCGCGAACUGCUUCCUAUGAAUUGCACAAGUAUCGCAUUCGUAUAAAUGCAUUACAAAUUUCCUCAGCAAUAAAAUUUGUAAUGCAGAUUUGCCUCAAGACAAGGAUUUGCAUUUGUAGUGCAAGACUUGCAUUUAUACGAACACGAUACUUUUGCACAGGAUACUUCCCGGAGUUUUUCCAACACUACUACAACUUUUGUAGUAAGAACCUGUUCCAGGACUACAAUGACACAGGAGCCGACGCCAGCAGCUCGACCAUGCUUCCGCUCGCGGAUUCCAUCUACCCGGGCUUGGUGGUCUGCAAGCUGAGCACGGAAUUGGACCUGUAUCCUGGGUAAAAACGUCCCCACCCCAGAGUUGUCAUGCAAAAACGCAUGCUCAAGCUCAGCAUGUUUCUCAUGCGGGGCCCCAAACAUGACAGGUAUUUUCUAGUCGCGUUUUGGAAUUUGAAAUGCUCCAAUCAGCAUGGUAGACUAGAUUUGUGAUGCUUCUGAACGAGGUAAACAGGAUUACAGUACGAGGCUGAACUUGUCAUGCGCAACGCCCUAAGCUUGUAGAGUUGUCUAGCAGAUUUCCCAUCUUGACUAGUAUGGGGUGGGGACGUUUUUACCUAGGAUAACUUGAACACGAAAUUCAUGGUGGAUGUGGAAAGUGAGAUGAAAACGCAAGUCCAGGACUUCUGGGACGCGAACGUCGAAACCUCGUGGACCGCUUUGCACUUGACUACAGCUGCAGAAGCUGCUGCCCCUGCUAGUACAACCGGAGAACAAGCGGAGGCUCUUGCCCCAGCAGAGCAAGAAGCUGCGGAAGCAAAUGCAAAUGGCAACGAGACCACAACUUCUCCACAAGUAGACGGAGAGGGUCUAUUGUCAACAACCUCGCUCCUGGACAACAUCCCCAAGCCACGCAUGGUGCUUUCCGCGGUGAAGAGCCUCUCUCUGCCCGGAGAGUCCAAAAUCUUCACCUCCGGUGAGGAGCUGGCCGCGUUCCUGUUCGCGCAACACAAGUCCGCGGCGAAAACGGGGGAGGAUCUGGAAACCUUCAUCCCCGCAGAGUACUGCCUUCAGCAGGAGAUCACCGGCGGCAAGUAUCUCUACGCGGACGUGAUGUGCAAGAAGCAACAGGCGAUGUUCGGGGUGAGCAAAGUUUUCGAGGUCGUGAACUUGUACGAGCGGAUCGACAUUCCGAACACGUCUGCCGCCGCCAGCGCGUGCCAACUGCUGAAAUCCAUCGACGGCAGUAGCUCCGAUAUCCUGUGCAAAAGUAUCGCACUCGUAUUAAUCGCAAUCACGCAUGACAGAUAUUGUUUCUUAGCAAAAUCUGCAUUACAAAUUCCAUUUUUCCUCUUGGAAGAAUUUGUAUUGCGAUUUAUACUAGUGCGAUACUUUUGCAAUGCAUAUCCGAGUUCGAAAACUACAAAAAGGAGCUGCAGUUCUUCCUAGACCAAAACUCCAUGUUUCUCUUCCCGCUGAAACUCCCGAACGACGGGCAGUGCUUCGCGCUGGUAUCCAAGAAAAUAACGCUGUUAGUGUAAAUUUGUGAUGCGCAACAUGCAAAAAGAUUGCGUCUGUCAUGCUUGGCAUGCAUUGUAGGGCCCAUUGCAGGGCUUUUUCGCAUAAUAUCUGCGCAUGACAGGUUUUUGCUGUCAUGCCAGACAGAUUUGUGAUGCUGUUCCUCCAAAAGAGUUACACCUACACCGUUUUUUUCUUGGAUAGCUGGAGUGCCGCGUUGACUACGACAGGCCGGCAGGAGGAUCGGCGACGGAGUCGUGGCCAAAUGUGUUUCUGGAACGACUGAAGCCGUUCUGCUUUCACUCCUUCUCCGAUUUUUCCGGCAUGCUGGGUGGAGCUAGCGCAGAAGCAGAGCCCACUUCUCCUGAGGAUGCCGCGUCAUCAAAAGCGAGUCAGCUGGUCGUGCUCGCGAGCGCCCCGACUGGGAACGAGGAGCAAGACACCAGCCUGACCACUUUGACCUGCCAACUGGUGUACGACCUGUGGCAGAAGCGGAACAACCAACAGGCUGAGGCUGGUGCGGAAGUAGCUGGAACAAAUGGCGCUACUUCUGCGCAACAGGUGGACGAAGACGCCAUGCUGGAGAACGAAAUCACGUUCCAGUCGGGGGGAAUGAACUUCGCGAUGCAAACGGAGGAAGAAAUCAUGCGGGAGCUCGUUAGUAUCCCGGGCAAAAGUAUCGCACUCGUAGUAAUUGCAGUUAUGCGUCACAAAUCUUUUUUUUUAAGGCAAGCCUGCAGUGCAAAUUUAAUUUGUAAUGCUGAGCAAAUUUGUAUUGCAAUUUAUACUAGUGCGAUACUUUUGCAGUUCAUAGUUAUGAAAAUGAAGCAGAGCAUCGACGAGUUCGAUGUGGAGAAGGAUACUGAGCCGAUCCAAUUCAACGCUACCACCGCGGUCCGGCUGCGCAGCAUCGUGCCAAAAAGCGGCGGGAAGCGGGCGCUUGUGUGGGAAAUGGCUGCGAUGUGAGUGAGAGUUCCUGUCUGUGCCAUGACCAUGAACAAAAAGUGCUAUAUGUACACUACGAACAAAACAACUUUGCUUCAGUUGUCCAAACAAAUCUUCAAGUGCAUUUUGUGCGAGAACAUGAGUAUCUGAUUUUUACUUUUCCAAACUUCAUCCAAAUUUUUCUCAUUAGUUUUCUUUUUCAAAUAUAUUACUUCCAAACACGAGAGUCUGUACAUUUGUUCGACAGUAAGUGUAAGUACUUGUAUUUUCAAUCAGUUUCCAUUUAUCAAAGCCUCGCUUUCAAGCCAACAUCAACAUCAACAUCAACAUUUCAAAAUUUUUCAUUUCACCAAAUCUUUCGUACACAUUCAGUACGUACCCCGUAGCGAAAGUUUUCCUCGCGUUAUGCGCGUAACCCGCCACGAUGCCUUACAUUAACAUUAUCUUCUAUUCUAAUCUUGUGUCUUUUUAUCUUGCGGAGGAUCCUGAAUGGUACACGCGACGCUGUAGCAACGUGCCAAUCAAUAAUUUCGCUCGACAAGAGGAAGCACAUGGUUGGAGUCUACCCCAAGUUUUAACCCACGCAACCCAACUACGUACCCCGUAGCUCGGAAGAAAUGCAAACCGUGCAUGCCAACGAGUUGUAUGAUAUUCCACACAAUUCUUCUCG